CCCUUUGGCUUGCUAUAGCACACACGGCGCGAUGCACUAGUCUACUUGAAAACGAACCCAAAGUGUCACAACAACCCACGUAGCAUAAGGCUACUUUUAUUUUGUUGUUCACGAACACAGCAGACGACAAUUGACCACACAACAAAGGAUACACUACGUGUUUCCAGUGGUUUCCACCGUGCUGAAGAUGUGCUCUCUGGCAUUGUUCCCCCCUCCGCUGCCCUCCGGACAGACCACUCUGUGCGAGUCCAACAACGAGCUGCUGUCAGGAACCACCACUGAAGACCGACUGAAACUGGAGUCUAGUCCUCUGAGUUUGUUUUUCCCCCGAGAGUCUCUGAAGCUCCACUGUCGCACAGAAAGCAGCAGCAAGGCGGCCUUCCUGGACCACUCCGAAACACUGUGGAUGAGGAGUGCAGCAGCGUGGCGGGAUGGUGGUUUCACAGGGCUACUCGAUGAAAUUACCAACUCAACAACAGAAGUGCCUAAAUGGCUAUCAGUGAGUUCUGGUUGUAUCCUGGCGUUGCUCCAGUGGUUCUCUUCCUUUCACGGCUCCCUGUUUCCUCAUCUCACGAUGAGCAGUGAGGACAUGCUUGCUGAGUUUUCACAAGUGUUGAACUGGUCUGACUGUGUGGUUCGAGCUUUUGCCUGGCAUCCCCAUACAGAUAAAUUUGCUGUAGCCUUACUGGACGACUCCAUUAAGAUCUACAACCCCAAAAGCGCCACUACCCCCACACUGAAGCACCGUCUACAGAGGAGUGUUGCAGCAGUGCAGUGGAAGCCGCUGUGUGCAACUGCACUUGCUGUCGCUUGUCAAAACUGUUUACUGGUCUGGCACGUGGACCCCUGCUCACUAUCAACCAGGCCUUCGUCUGGUUGUGCUCAAGUUUUGUCCCACCCUGGUCACUCUCCCAUCACUUCCAUUGCCUGGUCUCCGAGCGGCUCUCUGCUUGUGUCUGCUUCACCUAUGGACACCGCAAUGAUGGUUUGGGAUGUGGCUUCAGAAAACGGUGUGCCACUUCAGCGUGUUGGAGGAGGUGGGGUCACCUUCCUGUCCUGGUCCCCUGAUGGCAGCCAUGUCCUGGCCUCGACACCGUCUGCCCUGUUCAGGGUGUGGGAAACCAGGAUGUGGACCUGUGAGCGUUGGCCAUGUGUGAAAGGCCGCUGUCAGUCUGGCUGUUGGAGUCCAGAUGGGAGUCGCCUUCUCUUCACCGUACAGGGAGAGACGGUCAUCUAUGCUCUGACUUUCACUGACACACCAGCAGGCGUACCUACGUGCACAUCAAAUGGGCCACAGGCAGCAGCAGUGGUGGCUGACCUAUCAGAGACCACCUUUAACACACCAGAUGGGGACAUCAUUGUUGGUGGAGAGAUCCAGUCUUUAGCCUGGGACCCAACAGGAGAGAGGCUCGCAGUGCUUCUGAAAGGUGAUCCACAAGCUGCCGACCGGCCUGCAAUCAUAGCUGUGUUCAAGACGAGAACCAACCCCAUUUUUGAGCUUUUGCCUUGUGGUUUUGUGCAAGGGGAGCCUGGCGCAGAGCCCAGACUGAUGCAGUUCCACCCAAACUUCCAGCACGGAGCUCUGCUCACUGUGUGUUGGUCCAGUGGAAGAAUUACCCACGUGCCUUUCUACUUCCUGAGUGCUGGCGUCCCACACUUUGGCGUCAGUGGCAGUCCUUCACUGCCACGCCCCCAAGAAAGGCCGGCAGACUUUGCCAAUCAGUCGCUCUUUACAGAGCUGAUGUCUUGACUGACCCACCAUCACACAUUAGAAACUCGUUUUUGUUAUCAUGGAUUGUCAAUAAAUGUGUAAUGUUCUUGCUGAA